CAUGGCCCUCCAUCUGACGCGCCUUCAAUGACUCCCCUCCCACAGCGCCAGCGAUAGAGAUUUAUUAAUUCCUCCUUCCUUUACCCCUUGCCGUCACUCCCACCCCAACCACUCUCUCUCUCUCUCUCUCUCUCUCUCUCUCUCUCUCUCUCUGGUCUCGGCCGUGACGGUCAGCUCACAAGAGGUGCUUCCUCCAACAUUGCGCCGGGGCCGUAGAAGUGCACCGGGUGGCAAGUCCGCCUAGCUAUUUCCAAACAAAGAAUCAACACCAACAAGCCCAAGUUUGCGUAGGAUGGAGGAGGAAUGCAAUGUGCUGGAGAGUAUACUUGACGGAAGCAUGAAACCGACGGAUCUACGGUUUUCCCUUCUCGAGAAGAUUACAGCAAAUUUUUCUGAGGAGCGAAGAAUUGGUGUGGGUGGAUUCGCAGUGGUGUACAAGGGUGUCCUCCAAAAUGACGAAGUUGCUGUGAAGAGGAUUAUGAACAACAUGACGAUUGAUGAGACACUAUUUCGUCGGGAGGUCAAUAGCCUGAUGCAGGUCAACCAUCAGAAUAUAGUCCGGUUUCUUGGCUUCUGCUCCAAUACAACACAUAAACAACUGAAAUAUGAAGGACGAUACAUUUACGCUGAGAGUAGAGAGAGAUUACUAUGCUUCGAGUACAUAAAAAAGGGAAGCCUUGAUAAAUAUAUUACAGAUGAAUUAAGGGGACUUGCAUGGAAUACACGGUAUAAUAUAAUCAAAGGAAUAUGCAAGGGACUGGAGUAUCUUCACAUGGAUAGGCAUAUCGUUCAUAUGGACUUGAAACCAGCUAAUAUACUAUUAGACAAUGAUAUGAUGGCCAAGAUUACUGAUUUUGGGUUAUCGAGAAUGGACGAAAGUUCAAGAACCACAAGUACAAACCGCUUUAUUUCACCGGGAUACUGUGCUCCAGAAUAUCUACUCCAUGGAAAAAUAUCAGUCAAGUCUGAUGUGUAUAGCCUCGGUGUUAUAAUAAUCGAACUGGUGACAGGGCAGAGGCAUAUUUCUGAUAAAAAUAAUGUACUUAGAAGAUGGAGGCAUAGAUGGAAUAUAUCAGGGCAAGAAACACCAUGCAUAUAUCAACAAGUAGCUAAAGUUAUCGAAAUUGGGCUACUCUGCAAGGAAAGUGACCCCUAUAAGAGGCCCUUUAUAUCUGAGAUAAUAUGUGAUAUAAAUGAACUAGAAAGCACAGAUAAGCAAAUCAGCAACGCCGAUGAAUCUACUGUUGGGCAGAUAAGCCCCUACCCAGAGGAUGACAUGCUUGGAAUUGAGUCGCUCGAGUUGCAUUUUCCUUUUGAACUCAACAAGCAGACGUCAUGCUCACUUCGACUGACGAAUGAGACAAAUUCUUAUAUUGCCUUCUCCAUCCACACGACGAGCCCCCUUCCAUAUUGUAUAGAACCAACCGAAGGCAUUGUGGCACCACGAUCCAUUUAUACUGUCAACAUAACAUUGCAACCACUAGACAAGGCACCACAAGAUAAGCAUCACACUGGCUAUUUCGCUGUGCGGAGCACCAAAUUGAAUACAUCUGAGAAUAUAACCGAAGAUAUGUUCAAGGAACAGAAGGGUAAAUUGGUUGAUGAGGUGAAUCUGACGGUUACGCAUGAGCCUCGUGAGCCCCACAUGGAUCUGCCACUUGAGAUGCUAACAAUUUCAGGUACAGGAAAUCUAAAGAGUCUAGAGGCAUCCAGUGCGUUAGCAGAGGCAAAAUCCAAGAUAAGGUCGCAGACCUUAGAUGAGCUUAUCCAGUUUGAUCCCCCUGAGAUCGGAUUCCCUUUCUUGCCAAACAAGACCCUGAUGUCCUCUGUUUCUAUAGUCAACAUUACGGAUUCCUACGUUGCUUUCAAUGCCAGCAUAUGUGAUAAAGUGGUGUAUAGUAUGCAACCAGACAAAGGAAUUCUGUCACCACGGUCCAGUAAAAAAUUAUUGGUGGUAAGGUCGCCAAUGGAAAUGGAACAACAAGACAUGCAGUGCAAUGACAAGCUCUUUAUGUGGAACCGCGUGGUGACUGAAGGUGUCGAAGCCAGCGACAUUGUUGAUUACUUAGGUGAUGAUGAACGUAAAAAGUUGCCCAUUGUUCUUAACAAGACAAGCCCACCAUGUACCUCAGAGGAGCUGAUCCGAUUUGACCCACCUGAGCUUUGCUUCCCAUUCAUGCCAAACAAGACAAUGGUGUGCUCCAUUAAUAUGGUCAACAAUACAGAGUACUCUGUCGGUUUUGGUAAUUAUAUCAACAAAGAAACUUUGGCAUCAUACUACACAAAACCGCAGAGAGGAAUCAUGCCACCAAGAUCUACUCAAAGACUUGUAGUAAGAAGGGUACUAAAGAAAAAUGAACUAGGAGAAGCUAUACAGGGGGAAGACAAGUUCUUUAUUGGGAACAUGAUUGUGACAAAAGGCGCCGAAGCCAGUGACCUCACUGAUUUAGUGUUUGAUAAAGGCAAUACGCAGUUGCCCAUAGUCUUUGAAAAGAUAAGCUCAUUAAGCACCUUCGACGAAUUGAUUCAGUUCGAUCCUCCCCAACUCCGCUUCCCGUUCAUGCCAACCAAGAGGGUGCUUAUGAUGUGCUCAAUUAAAAUAAUCAAUGUUACUGAUCACCGUGUAGGUUUCAACAAUUGGUACCGGAAGAGCAAUUCAGCAUGCUACAUCACAACUCCAAUCCGAGGAAUCCUGGCACCACGCUCCACACAAGAACUCAAGGUAAUAAGGGUACCAAAGGAAAAUGAAUCACAUGACAUGUCGUGCACAGAUGUGGUUGGUGUGUGGAAUGGCGUUGUGACUGAAGGCAUCGAGGAGACAGAUCUAUAUGGUUAUAUAAGUGAUGAAGAGAGUCAGCAGUUUCCCAUAGUUUAUACGAAGACAAGCCCACCAUAUACCUCAGAGGAGCUGAUCCGAUUUGACCCACCUGAGCUCAGCUUCCCCUACAAGCCAAACAAAACGAUGGUGUCCUCUGUUAAUAUGGUCAACAAUACAGAUUACUCCGUCGGUUUUAACAAUCAUAUCGACAAAGGAACUUUGGUGUCCUACUACACAAAACCGCAGAGAGGAAUUAUGCCACCAAGAUCCACUCAAAGGCUUGUAGUAAGAAGGGAACUAAGGAAAAAGGAACAAGCAGAAGACAUCCAGGGGGAAGGCAAGUUCUUUAUGGGGAACAUGAUUGUGGUAGAAGGCAUCGAAGCCAGUGACCUCACUCGCUUGGUGCCUGAUAAAGAAAAUACAAUGUUGCCCAUUGUCUUUCAGAAGACAAGCUUACUAAGCACCUCAGACGAGUUGAUCCAGUUUGAUCCUCCCCAACUCCGCUUCCCCUUCUUGCCCAACAAGAGAGUGUGUAUGGUGUGCUCAAUUAAAAUAGUCAAUGUGACAGAUCACUAUGUUGGUUUCAACAAUUGGUACAGGAAGAGCAAUUCAGCGAGGUACAAUGCAACUCCGGUCCGAGGAAUCCUGCCACCACGGUCCACACAAGAACUCAAGGUAAUAAGGGUACCAAAAGAAAAUGAAUCACAGGACAUGCCGUGCAAAGAUGUCUUUGGUGUAUGGAAUGGCGUUGUGAUGGAAGGCAUCGAAGCUACAGAUCUAUAUAAUUACAUGAAUGUUGAAGAUAGUAAGCAGUUGCCCAUAGUUUAUACAAAGACAAGCCCACCAUCUACCUCAGAGGAGCUAAUCCGAUUUGACCCACCUGAGCUCAGCUUCCCCUUUCAGCCAAACAAGACAAUGGUUGCAUCCGUUAAUAUGGUCAACAAUACAGAUUACUCAAUAGGUUUUAAUAAUCAUAUCGACAAAGGGACUUUGGCGUCGUACUACACAAAACCGCAGAGAGGAAUUAUGCCACCAAGAUCCAUUCAAAGACUUGUAGUAAGAAGGGUACUAAAGAAAAAGGAACAAGCAGAAGACAUCCAGGGGGAAGACAAGUUCUUUAUGGGGAACGUGAUUGUGACAAAAGGUGUCGAAGCCAGCGACCUCAGUGAUUUAGUGCCUGAUAAAGACAAUGCCCGGUUGCCCAUUGUCUUUGAGAAGACAAGCUUGUUAUGCACCUCGGAUGAGUUGAUCCGAUUUGAUCCUCCUGAACUCUGCUUUCCCUUCUUGCCAAACAAGAGGGCGCCUGUAUUGUACUCAGUUAAAAUAUUCAAUGUUACAGAUUACUGUGUUGGUUUCAACACAUGGGUCUACCCGCGCAAUUCUGCAAGAUACCGCAUAAUUCCCUCUAAAGGAAUCCUGCCACCACGGUCCACACAAACAGUCAAGAUCAAAGGGGUGCCAAAAGAAAAGGCACCAGAAGACACACGAUGCAAAGACGUGAUUGGUGUGUGGAAUUCCAUUGUGACUAAAGGUGUCAAAGCUAGCGAUUUCAUUAAUUACAUGGAUGUAAAUGAGAGUAAGCAAUUGCCCAUUGUUCUUAAAAAGACAACCUUAUUAUGCGCCUCAGCUGAUUUGAUCCAGUUUGAUCCUCCUGAGCUUCGCUUCCCCUUCUUGCCAAACAAGAGGGUGCCCAUGGCGUGCUUUAUUAAAAUAGUGAACACUACAGAUCAUUGCAUCGGUUUCAAUUCAUGGAAUUACAAGAGCAAUUCAGCCUUGUACCGCAUGACUCCAGUCCAAGGAAUCCUGCCGCCAGGUUCCACAGAGGUACUCAAGAUAAAAAGGGUAGCACGGGAAAAUGAAUCAGGAGACAUGCAGUGCAAAAACGUCGUCUUUCAUGUGUGGCAAGGCAUUGUGACUAAAGGUGUCGAAGCUACAGAUUUAACUGCUUACAUGGAUGCUGGAGAGACUAUACAGUUGCCCAUAGUUUUUACAAAUACAGACUUAUUAUGCACCUCAGACUAUUUGAUCCAGUUUGAUCCUCCUGAGCUCUGCUUCCCCUUCUUACCAAACAAGAGGGUUCCCAUGGUGUGCUUUAUUAAAAUAGUGAACGCUACAGAUCAUUGGGUCGGUUUCAAUUCAUGGACCUAUGAGAGCAAUUCAGCAUCAUACUACAUGACUCCGGACUCAACAAUUCUGCCACCAGGUUCCACACAGGUACUCAUGAUAAAAAGGAUAGCAAAUGAAAAUGAAUCAGAAGACAUGUGGCGGAAAGACGACUAUUUUUUCUUGUGGAAUAGUAUUGUCAAUGAAGAUAUUGAAGCUAGCGAUUUAAUUGACUGCAUGGAUGUUGAAGAGAGUAAGCGGUUGCCCGUAGUUUUUACGAAUACAACCUUAUCAUGCACCUCAGCUGAUUUGGUCCAGUUUGAUCCUCCUGAGCUUCGCUUCCCCUUCUUGCCAAACAAAAGGGUACCCAUGGUAUGCUUUAUUAAAAUAGUGAACUCUACAGAUCAUUGUGUCGGCUUCAAUUCAUGGACCUACGAGGGUACUUCAGCAUCGUACCAAAUGACUCCGGAUCCAGGAAUCCUGACACCAGGUUCCACAGAGGUACUCAUGAUAAAAAGGGUAGCAAAUGAAAAUGAAUCCGAAGACAUGCAAUGCAAAGACGAAUUUUACUUGUGGAAUUGUAUUGUCAAUGAAGACAUCGAAGCUAGCGAUUUAAUUGACUGUGAGGAUGAAGAAGAUAGUAAGCGUUUGCCCAUAGUUUUUACAAAUACAAGCUUAUUAUGCACCUCAGACGAUUGGUUACAGUUUGAUCCUCCAGAGCUCCACUUCCCCUUCUUGACAAACAAGAAGGUGCCCAUGGUGUUCUUUAUUAAAAUAGUGAACGCUACAAAUCAUUGUGUCGGUUUCAAUUCAUGGACCUACGAGAGUACUUCGGUGUCGUACCACAUGACCCCGGACCCAGGAAUCCUGUCUCCAGGUUCCACACAAGUACUCAUGAUAAAAAUGAUAGCAAAUGAAAAUGAAUCAGAAGACAUGCAGUGCAAAGAUAACUUCCUUUACUUGUGGAAUAGUAUUGUGAAUGAAGAUAUCGAAGCUAGUAAUUUGAUUGACUGCGAGGAUGAAGAAGAUAGUAAGCGGUUGCCCAUAGUUUUUACAAAUGCAAGCUUAUUAUGCACCUCAGAGAAUUUGAUCCAGUUUGAUCCUCCCGAACUCCGGUUCACCUUGUCAAACAACAGGGUGUCAAAAUUGUGCUCAGUUGAAAUAGUUAAUGCUACAGAUCACUGCAUUGGUUUUAACGCAUGGGGCAAUGAUAGCAAUUCAUCCCGGUACGACACAACUCCCGGGCAAGGAAUCCUGCCACCACGGUCCACACAAGUACUCAAUGUAAGAAGGGAACUGAAGGAAAAGGAAUCAAAAGACAUGCUGUGCAAAGACGAUGUGUAUAGUGUGUGGUAUGGCAUUGUUUCAGAAGGUAUCAAAGCUACAGAUUUAAGUGUUUACGACGAUGCUGAAGAGAGUAAGCAGCUACCCAUAGUUUUCACAGAGCCUGGUGAAAGCAGUUCAGCUUAGGCUUGGGUUGGUCAAAUUUUUUGGAUGUAAAAGCUUGAGAAGGCUCGUCGUCAUGGGACCCAUGGCGUGACAAGAUAGAAAUCAACAAGUCUUGCGCAAAAUAUAACAAUAGCCUUACAACUGUUGGUUCUCCAGGAUCCUGAUCAUCUGCAGGAACCAUGCAGGCCGUGGUCACCUUUUGAAUCUAUAUUUCGUUAGUUUAAAUAUAAAUUGCAUUCAAAAGAAUAGGUUCAAUACAUUUGUAGCCAUGUUGGCCACAGUACGCGCUGUCAAGCCUCGGUUAAUAUAUUUGUACCAAGAAAACCUCUGCUCCUCCCUCCUGUGAAUUAAGUAUGUCAAACAUCUGCAACACUGCACUAAAAUGGAAAU